ACCAGCUGCCUCCACGUCAGCGUGACGUCACUAGAGGCGCGGUCCGCCUGAGAGUGAACAUUUCUUCCCAAAACACACAAGUGACGCUCCUAAGUUUGCCAAAGCUCUCCUUCACUCGACAAGGACGCCAAGAACAUGGACGCCACGAACAAGGACGCCAGCAAACUCCUCCACAGGUUGGCUGAGGCCGACCAGGCUCACCUCCUGAGGUUCUGGGACCAGCUGAGCUCUGAGGAGCGAGCGGCCUUGACCCUGGACCUCCAAGGAAUGGACUUCCGGGAGCUCCAGGGCUUCUUCAAGAAGGCCAUGGAGGUGUCCCACCACAGCAGCCAGGACAAGAUGGACGACCGCAUGGAGCCUGUCCCAAGGGAGGUGCUGGGGAGCGUGACCAGGGACCAGAUGAGUGUCAAGAGCUGGGAACAAACAGGUAUGCGGUGCAUCUCGGAGGGCAAAGUGGCAGUGGUGUUGCUGGCAGGAGGUCAAGGAAGCCGUCUGGGCGUGUCGUACCCCAAAGGAAUGUUUGACGUGGGGCUGCCGUCACAUAAAACACUUUUUCAGAUCCAGGCGGAGCGUAUCAUCAAGCUGCAGCAGCUGGCUGAGGAGAAACAUCUCAACAAGUGUUCCAUUCCAUGGUACAUCAUGACCAGCGGCAGGACCAUGGAAUCCACGGAGGAGUUCUUCUCCCGCCAUAAGUACUUUGGUCUGGACAAGAAGAACGUGAUCUUCUUCCAGCAGGGCAUGCUGCCCGCCAUGGACUACCAGGGCAAGAUGAUCCUGGAGAGCAGAAGCAAGGUGUCCAUGGCUCCCGACGGCAAUGGAGGUCUGUACCGAGCCUUGAAGAACCAGGGCGUGUUGGAUCACAUGCAGGAGAUGGGGGUGGAGUACAUCCACGUGUACUGUGUGGACAACAUCCUGGUCAAAGUUGCUGACCCAGCAUUUGUGGGCUUCUGUGUGCAGAAAGAUGCUGACUGCGGCGCUAAGGUGGUGGAGAAGUGCAACCCGACAGAGGCGGUGGGCGUGGUUUGCAAGGUGGACGGCAAGUAUCAGGUGGUGGAGUACAGCGAGAUCACCAUGGAAACGGCCCAGAAGAGAAGCGCUGAUGGACGCCUGAUGUUCAGCGCCGGGAAUAUAGCCAACCACUUUUUCACCUUCUCCUUUCUCAAAGAUGUCGUGGAGAAGUAUGAACCAAGUCUUCAGCACCAUGUGGCCCACAAGAAGAUUCCUUUUGUGGACGACAAAGGUCAACUGGUCACGCCUGACAAACCAAACGGAAUCAAAAUGGAAAAGUUUGUCUUUGACAUUUUCCAGUUUGCCAAGACGUUUGUGGUGUACGAGGUACUGAGGGAGGACGAGUUCUCCCCACUGAAGAACGCAGACCGCCAAGACGGGAAAGACACGCCCACAACCGCCAGACACGCCCUCUUGUCCCUCCACCAUCGCUGGGUGUUGAAUGCCGGCGGUCACUUUAUCGACGAGAACGGCACUCGUGUACCUGCCAUUCCCAGAGUUGCAGCAGCAGGAAGUGAUGGCCGCACCAACCUGAAGGACAGAAGCGACCUGCCAAUCAAAUGUGAGAUCACACCCCUGCUUUCCUACGCUGGAGAAGGUCUCCAAGCCCUGGUGAAGGAUCGAGAGUUUCAGUCCAUGCUGAUCAUUGACGAGAGCGGCGUCCAUGAGCAGGUCAAGAACGGACUUUAAGACUUUAAAAAAAACUUUGUUUUUUUGUCUCCACAUCGUCUGUGAUGUCAUCAAUGUGCAAUAACAGGGCCCUCAUGCACAAUGUGACAUUAACAAGUGCACCCUCUGUGUUGUAGGCAUAUAUAUAUAUAUAUAUAU